CUGUCCUGGCGCCUUCCGCGCACCGGCCCCCCCCAGUCUCCGAGCCCCGGGACCUGCAGGUCCUCCGACCGCGAUUCUGGGCCGGCCCUGCGCCGUGGCUGUCGGGGGGCGCGCGGGGAAGCAGCGGAACUUGCAAUGUGAGGGGCCGGUGGGGCCCGGAGCGGUCCCCGGCCCGGGAAACUUGGACCAAGACCAGGCCAGCGACCACCAGGGGCCUGAGGAUGAAGCCAAGUCUGCUGUGCCGGCCCCUGUCCUGCUUCCUUAUGCUGCUGCCCUGGCCUCUGGCCACCCUGACAUCAACAACCCUUUGGCAGUGCCCACCUGGAGAGGAGCCCAACCUGAACCCAGGUCAGGGCACAUUAUGCAGGCCCUGCCCCCCAGGCACCUUCUCAGCUGCAUGGGGCUCCAGCCCAUGUCAGCCCCAUGCCCGCUGCAGCCUUCGGAGGAGGCUGGAGGCCCAGGUGGGCACGGCAACUCAAGAUACACUCUGUGGAGACUGCUGGCCUGGGUGGUUUGGGCCUUGGGGGGUUCCCCGUGUUCCAUGUCAACCGUGUUCCUGGGUACCUCUGGGUACUCAUGGCUGUGAUGCGUGGGGUCGGCGGGCCCGACGUGGCGUGGAGGUGGCAGCAGGGGCCAGCAGCAGUGGUGAGACACGGCAGCCUGGGAACGGCACCCGGGCAGGUGGCCCAGAGGAGACGGCCGCCCAGUACGCGGUCAUCGCCAUCGUGCCUGUCUUCUGCCUCAUGGGGCUGUUGGGCAUCCUGGUGUGCAACCUCCUCAAGCGGAAGGGCUACCACUGCACAGCGCACAAGGAGGUCGGGCCCGGCCCAGGAGGUAGAGGCAGUGGAAUCAACCCUGCCUACCGGACUGAGGAUGCCAAUGAGGACACCAUUGGGGUCCUGGUGCGCCUGAUCACAGAGAAGAAAGAGAACGCUGCGGCCCUGGAGGAGCUGCUGAAAGAGUACCACAGCAAACAGCUGGUGCAGACGAGCCACAGGCCUGUGUCCAAGCUGCCGCCAGCGCCCCCGAACGUGCCGCACAUCUGCCCGCACCACCACCACCUCCACACCGUGCAGGGCCUGGCCUCACUCUCUGGCCCCUGCUGCUCCCGUUGUAGCCAGAAGAAGUGGCCUGAGGUGCUGCUGUCCCCUGAGGCUGUAGCUGCCACUACUUCUGCUCCCAGCUUUCUGCCUAACCCGACCAGGGUUCCCAAGGCCGGGGCCAAGGCAGGGCGCCAGGGCGAGAUCACCAUCUUGUCUGUGGGCAGGUUCCGCGUGGCUCGAAUUCCUGAGCAACGGACAAGUUCAAUGGUGUCUGAGGUGAAGACCAUCACGGAGGCUGGGCCCUCGGCGGGUGAUCUCCCUGACUCCCCACAACCUGGCCUCCCCGCUGAGCAGCAGGCACUGCUAGGAAGUGGCGGAAGCCAUACUAAGUGGCUGAAGCCCCCAGCAGAGAACAAGACCGAGGAGAACCGCUAUGUGGUCCGCCUAAGUGAGAGCAACCUGGUCAUCUGAGGGGCGGUCUAGUCUGAGGACACUGUGGCCCUGCCCUGGGAGGUUCUGAAGGCUUCCUGGAGGAGGUGGAGCUGCAGCUGGGACUGUGAGAAUCGAGAAGCAAUGGCCCAGCAGAUAAGAUAGCAAAGACCAAGGCCUGGAGGUGGGAGUGUCCGCCCCAGUGAGGAGGCAGGUGGCCGGUGGGCACUGUGUACAGGAGCAGACCGAGCCCGCCCCGGCCCUGCUGCCAGGUUGCUCCCCUGCAGGAUGCCCCGACCCCCGUGCUUGCCCUGGCUGGAUCCUAGGAGCCCAUGGGAUUCUCUGUAUCAUCAGAGGGCUGGGCUUGGCAGAGGGGAGGGGCCUGUGCCCGUCACCCUUGGCCCCAUUCCUUGGUAAUUAGCCACACCCUUGCCUCUGUACAGGGCCCUAGAGCAGAUGUGCCUCCCCCUCCUCUUCCAGCAGGUCUAUAAAGGGAAGGGGGAACAGAAAGUCCUGGGCUAGGAGAAUGAAUCCCUGGGUCCUAAUCUUGGGCACGUCUAUGGCCAUCGCUGGGUCCACUUUUCUGACUAUGAAGUAAGGAGAGACGUUCUCAGUACCCAGGGCCUCUUCAGCUCUUUGCGGGUUCUGGGCUGGGUUGUGGGGGGCUGGGGAGCUGGGCUCUACCAUCCCUCCUAUUAGUAGCUUUAUCCAGCCCCGUUUUUGCUGCUUCCAGGGCCUCUGCCUUCUAGACCCCAACGGGGCUGUCCACCCAUGGCUCUGCCUACAGAAGGGGCUUAAUGCAUGUGCCUGCCCCUCCCCCAGCUGUUUUUACUGAAACUGAAAAAAACAGACUUGAUCCCGGCAGGACUGUGAUACAGAGCCCUAGCCUGCCCAGCCGGCCCCAGGAUCUCAGGAGCUUUAGGGAGAAGAGUGUUGGUGGGGCUGGAGUGCACCUUGGGCCUCAGUGGUUUCUGCGUCCCUGUGGUGCCAGUGCUUCUGGGCAGUGCCGGUGGCUGCCAGGCCCAGCCCUGACCUCCACUCUGGCUCAGCAACCUGGUUAUUUAUGUGGGGCCGUGCAGGCAUGGGCCCCACUGCCUGUCCGUCCUGUUUCUCUUAUUUAUUGAAACUUGCCGUUGCCCUAUCCUUGUGUCUCCAUCCCCUUCCAUGUGUUGAAUAAUAAAAGGUGGGAAAGUGCUGUCACGAGGAGCUCUUUUUCUCUGUGCCCUUCCCAGCUUAUCUGCCUGUUCCACUUGUACCUGUCCAGCCCUGCCCUGUGUUGGGCACCGUGGCAGGCUGCCCUCCCCUCGCAGUUCCUGCACCUCAGCAGCCGGGGAAGCAGGGCCCAGAGGAGACCCAUCAGCUCAUCUGGUUCUCACCAAAGCCCCUAGCUAGAGGCAGGGCUGUCCCACAGAAAUAGUGUGAGCCAUAGAUGUGACUUUAAAUUUUCUGACAAUCACAUUUCGAAAAGUAAAAAGCAGCAGAUAAACUUAAUUUUAAUAUAUUUUUUAACCAGUCUAUCCAAAAUAUUUUCAUUUUAUAUAAAAUCAGCAUAAAAAUUGUGAAUGAGCUGUUUUUGCUUUUGCCUUGAAAUCUGGAGUGUAUUUUACACAUCUUGAUUGGAACUGGAAUAUUUCAAGGGCUCCAUAGCCAUGUGGCCAGCAGCUACCACGCUGGUCAGCGCAGCACCUGAGGAAGUGCACUGUGUGGAGCCCGGGAGUUGAAUGGGGGUGAGGAAGAUGUGCGGGCCAGGGAAUGUGUUCCACAGAGAGGGACAGCAUGUGCAAAGGCCGGGCACCAACACAUAGUGGGCACCUGGGCCUUAUGCCAAGGACACCAGGGAGCCUCCAAAACAUUCAGCUCCUGCUUGGCCAGUGUGGAGAGGAAAGGAGCCACAGGAGUGGGUGCCACACCCAGGUGAGACGGAGCCUCCGUCUCCAUCUAAGAUUCCUAGGGCAAGCUUCCAACCCGGCCCACGGGCCGCAUGUGGCCCAGGAUGGCUUUGAAUGGGGCCUAACACAAAUUCAUAAACUUUCUGAAAACAUU